AAAUUUUCAGAUUCUGAUAUUCUUACUUUCUUCCUUUCUCACCGCUCCUCAUCCCUUCCUCUUCUCUGUUUCUCUUGCAAACAGAGCUUUCUCCUACUCCUUCACCACCACAUUUUGCAGAGAGACUGUUCAGCUAUUUCCCUACUAUCCCGCCUCCGACUUCGAACGGUCGUCAAGAUGGUUCAAUCUUCUAUCCUCGGUUUCCCUCGUAUGGGAGCCAACCGAGACCUCAAGAAAGCCACCGAAGCAUACUGGGCCGGCAAAAUCUCCCAGGAUGAUCUGUUGGCUGAGGGAAAGAGACUGAGACUUGAACACUGGAAGAUUCAAAAAGAUGCUGGCAUCGACAUCAUCCCAAGCAAUGACUUCGCUUUCUACGAUCAGGUCUUGGAUCAUAUCCAGCUGUUUGGUGUCAUUCCUGAGCGGUACAGCAAGUACAACCUUGCACCCAUUGACGAAUACUUUGCCAUGGGUCGAGGUCUGCAGAAGCCUGCGACUGACAGCGCUUCUGCAGUCGAUGUCCCUGCGCUGGAAAUGGUCAAAUGGUUCGACUCAAACUACCACUACGUCAAGCCAACACUGCAAGACAACCAGACCUUUAAGCUCUCCUCCAAACCCAAACCCGUUGCAGAGUUCCUUGAAGCUAAGGAGGCUGGAAUCACAACUCGACCUGUCCUUCUGGGACCUGUGUCAUUCCUCCACCUUGGAAAGGCCGACCGUGGUCAAUCCAUUGAACCCAUCUCUGCCCUUGAGAACCUCCUGCCACUCUACGAGGAUCUGAUCAAGCAAUUGAAAGAGGCGGGUGCAGAGACUAUUCAGAUCGAUGAGCCAAUCUUGGUUUUCGACCUGCCAACUGCUGUCAAGCAAGCCUUCAAGACUGCAUACGAGAAGCUCGGAAGCAGUGCUUCCAAGAUUGUCCUAGCUACCUACUUCGGUGACAUUGUCCAUAACAUCGAUGUCCUCGACAACCUGAAGAGCCUCUACGCCAUUCACAUCGAUCUCGUCCGCAACCCUGAGCAACUCGAGACCGUUGCUGCUGCAUUGGGACCCCAACAGGUUCUCUCUGCUGGUGUCGUUAACGGCCGAAACAUUUGGAAGACAAACUUCAAACACGCAAUUGAGAUUGUCGAGGCUGCUAUCCAGAAGCUUGGCAAGGACAGAGUCAUUGUUGCCAGCUCGAGCUCUCUGCUGCACACUCCUCACACUCUUGCGAGCGAGAAGAAGUUGGAUCCUGAGAUCGCUGGUUUCUUCAGCUUUGCCUGCGAGAAGGCCAAGGAAAUCGCCAUCAUCGCUAAGGCUGUGACUGAUGGCCCAGCCUCAGUCCGAGAGGCUCUUGAAGCUAACGCUAAGGCUAUGCAGUCGCGUGCUUCGUCAAACAUCACCAAUGACCAGGCGGUGAAGGACCGACAAAGCAAGGUCACUGAAGAAAUGCACAACCGCAAAUCACCUUUCCCCGAACGUAUCGCUCAACAACAGAAGCGUCUCAACUUGCCUCUGUUCCCGACUACCACUAUCGGCUCUUUCCCCCAGACCAAGGAGAUUCGUAUUCAGCGAAACAAGUUCACCAAGAAUGAAAUCACUGCUGAAGAAUACGAGAAGUUCAUUGAGAAGGAGAUCCAGGACUGUGUCAAGAUCCAAGAAGAACUCGACCUUGACGUCUAUGUUCACGGUGAACCCGAGCGAAACGACAUGGUUCAAUACUUCGGUGAACGACUGAAGGGUUAUGCAUUCACCACCAACGGUUGGGUUCAAUCAUACGGUUCCCGAUGCGUGCGACCACCUAUCGUUGUUGGUGACAUUUCUCGACCUGCACCCAUGACUGUCAAGGAGUCCAAAUACGCUGCCUCUAUCUCGAAGAAGCCAAUGAAGGGUAUGCUGACAGGUCCGAUCACCUGCUUGAGAUGGUCAUUCCCUCGUGACGAUGUCCACCAGUCUGUUCAAGCUCAACAGUUGGCACUUGCUCUCCGUGACGAAGUUGUCGACCUGGAGAAGGCAGGCGUCUAUGUCAUUCAAGUCGACGAACCUGCCCUGCGUGAAGGUCUCCCUCUCCGCACUGGCAAGGAACGUACCGACUACUUGAAGUGGGCUGUGGAUUCUUUCCGUCUUUCAACCGCGGGUGUCGAGGAUGGCACACAGAUUCACAGCCACUUCUGUUAUUCCGAGUUCCAGGACUUCUUCUACGCUAUCGCAGCACUUGACGCCGAUGUCCUCUCCAUUGAGAACAGCAAGUCUGACGCCAAGCUUCUCAAGGUCUUCGUUGACGAGGCUUACCCACGUCACAUUGGACCUGGUGUCUAUGAUAUCCACUCUCCUCGUGUUCCUUCCCAGAAGGAAAUCGAGGACCGUAUUGCCGAGAUGUUGCAAUACCUGAAGCCCGAGCAGUUGUGGAUCGAUCCCGACUGCGGUCUCAAGACCCGACAGUGGGCUGAGACCAAGGCUGCCCUGACCAACAUGGUCAACGCGGCUAAGACCUUCCGUGCGAAGUACUCUAAGUAAGCUCCUAACAGCUUACAUUAUCCGGGGAGGUUUGUUUUUGCUCGAUCAAUCAACCUGAUCUGAGCUGGCGUCAACGGAAUUGGUGAUGAGAUGAUAUGAUGAUCAAAAGUGUUUUCAACAUGAUACCACGAUAGCAUGGGAGCUGGGCAUGAGUCGAUUUAACAUCGGCGUUUUAAUGACUAGCUCUGAUCCCAGACAGGGGACAAUAUGGGUGAUGAUGACGGAUUUGUAGGUUUAUGAUUCGGGAUGUUGGCCACUUCAACAGCUAUUGCAUGGCCGUGUUAUGGGUUUGGGAUUAAGGGAGAGAUAUGUCUUCUCAAGGUCGAGAAGGACACCACGGUUCAUAAGUACCUACCUAGGUAUACAAUAUGUAGCCAUCUCGCUAUCCACAAAGAUACUUCAAGAUCA